GAAAUCAUAUCAUAUGAUCUCAAAUACACUCACCCAAAAAAAAUAUCAUGUCUACAACCAUUGCCACCCACAUACUAGUGUUUCCAUACCCUGCUCAUGGUCACAUGCCAGCCCUCCUAGACCUCACCCACCAAUUAGCUCUUAGAGGCCUAAAAAUCACCAUUCUAGUCACACCCAAAAACCUCCCUUCCUUGACCCCACUUCUCUCAACCCACCCAACAUCCAUAGAAACCUUAGUAUUACCCUUCCCUCUCCACCCCCGACUUCUGUCGGGGGUGGAGAAUGUGAAGGAUAUCGGAAACUCGGGCAAUGCCCCUAUAAUUUCAUCUCUUAGUAAGCUAAAAGAUCAAGUCAUAACAUGGUUCCGGUCCCACCCUUUUCCUCCGCAAGCUAUUAUAUCUGAUUUCUUCCUUGGGUUCACUCAAUAUUGGGCUACACAACUUAACAUUCCUAGACUUGCAUUUUUCUCUGUUUCUUCUUUUUUAACAUGUAUUCUUAAACAUUUAUGGGAGAAUUUGGAAACAAGAAAGGAAAAUUGUGAUGUUGUGAAGUUUCUAGAACUUCCUAGAACCCCAUGUUUGAAAAUAGACCAACUUCCCUCUAUAUAUAGGAAGUUUAAGGAAGGUGAUCCUGAUUGGGAGGCUGUUAAAGAGAGUUUGGUUAUGAAUUCCAAGAGUUGGGGUUAUGUUUAUAAUUCAUUUUAUGCCUUGGAAGGGGAGUUUUUGGAUCAUAUACCCAAGAUAUUAGGCCAUGGACGUGUGUAUACAAUUGGACCAUUAAGCACUAUUAAAAGGGUAAACCCAGAUUCAGAUACCACAUAUGCCCUAUUUAAUUGGCUUGAUACAUGCCCUGAUGAUAGUGUAGUGUAUGUCUGUUUUGGAAGUCAAAAACAGCUGACAGAACCUCAAAUUAAAGCUUUAGCUUCAGGUCUUGCGCAGAGCAAAAUCCGAUUUAUUUGGGUCAUCAAGUUGAUUAACGGUGAACAAAUCCCUAAUGGGUUUGAAGAACAAGUCUCUGAUCGUGGGAUCGUAAUACGAGGGUGGGCCCCACAAGUGGAGAUACUAACCCACAAAGCAGUAGGUGGGUUCGUAAAUCAUUGUGGAUGGAACUCGAUAUUGGAAAGUGUAAUGGCAGGUGUUAUGCUUUUAGUAUGGCCAAUGGAGGCUGAUCAGUUUGUUAAUGCUAAAAUUGUAGUUGAAUUCACAGGGAUUGCAGUGAAGUUGUGUGAAGGAGAAUAUACAAUCCCUGAUUCUGAUAAAUUGGCUCAAACUAUAAAGGAAUCAUUUGGGCAUGAUAUACCACAAAAGGUAAAGGCUAAGGAAAUAAGGGAGAAGGCACUAGAGGCAAUGAAACCUGGUAGAAGGUCAUGGGUUCGAAUCGAUGAAUUGGUAGAGGAUUUGAAACAAAUUAAGUACACAAAAUAUGAAAUGGAACAAUGUUAGUGCAUAAUAUAGAUUAAAAAUAAGGUUGCAUCACAUCGCAUCGCAUCGGUCGCGUUUUAAAGGUUAAUAUAUGUUUUGGACUGUAUCAACGAAUAUCUUGUGGUUUUGAUAAAUAUUUAGGCAUAAUGAUAACCGCAUCAAUCUCGUUACUACAUCAACGUUCUGUUAUCGUAUUUUUCACUAUAGUACAAAAUUUGUGAACCCUUAAUGAAUAUAUAUUGAGCCUUUAUCUUA